UGGCCCGCCGGGUGCUGCCCAGGGCGUGGGGUUGGGGGGGGGGUGGAGGAGCCCUGAACAGCGAGGCUCCAGCACAGGGUGACGCGCCGGCGGAAAGUUGCGUUGAGACCUCCCGCCUGGCACUUUCUUCCCGGGACCUCGCUCCUGAGUUGGAUCGGACAGGAAGGAACCGGGCCAAGAGCUGUGAACCACCACUGCCCCGGUGCCGACGACUGUCCAGGACCGGGCAAGGUGUCCGCUCCCCCUUCCUCGUGGUAUCCAGCGCUGUUGGUGGCUUGGGGCCCCGCGUCCCCAGGACGUCGGCACAAACUUUCUGUCCCCGGACAGUUCUGGCGAGUCCCUGUCAGAUUCUGGAAGCCUUUUUCUGGAAAUUGCCAGCAGUGCCAAAUGUUGGAGAAGUCUCUUCUGCUCCUCUGAGAGAGUGAAGUGAACAAAAGCAACUCAGCAGAAGGCUGUGGAAGAGACUGAUCACAGUGAUGGCAAAUCUCAGUCCUGUGAGGGUGGAUUUGGCAAGUCCUCUUAACUUGUUCAAAGCUAUAGGAUCUGGGGAGUUCUGAUUUUGAUCAAAACCCGGACGGAACAGUAAGGCUUUGAAAGGUGACAAUGAAGCGUGAAGAAGUUACAUUUCUACUGUGACACUUGAAAGUUAGUGACUGCUUACCGAGUUUUCGUGAAAAUCAAGUAUGACUUAGAAGCAUCUGGCUUAUGAAGGCUUAUGAUGACAUCAGUUGCGACAGAAAGCAAACUCCAGCAGGCUGUGAGCCUACAGGGGGUUGACCCAGAAACAUGCAUGAUUGUAUUUAAAAACCACUGGGCUCAGGUUGUGAAGAUCUUAGAGAAGCACGACCCCUUGAAGAACACCCAGGCAAAGUAUGGGUCCAUCCCUUCAGAUGAGGCCAGUGCUGUGCAGAACUAUGUAGAACAUAUGCUCUUCCUGCUGAUUGAAGAGCAGGCCAAGGACGCUGCCAUGGGGCCAAUCCUGGAAUUUGUGGUCUCGGAGAACAUCAUGGAGAAGCUCUUCCUUUGGAGCCUGAGGCGGGAAUUUACCGAUGAGACUAAAAUGGAGCAGCUGAAGAUGUACGAGAUGCUGGUCACCCAGUCACACCAGCCUCUGCUGCACCACAAGCCCAUCCUGAAGCCCCUGAUGAUGCUGCUGAGCUCUUGCUCGGGAACGGCCACCCCUGCCGUGGAGGGGAAGCUGGUUGUCCUGCUCAGUCAGCUCUGUUCUAUUCUUGCCAAAGACCCGUCCAUCCUGGAGCUCUUCUUCCACACCAGUGAGGACCAAGGGGCUGCCAACUUCCUCAUCUUCUCCCUCCUGAUUCCCUUCAUCCACCGGGAGGGGACGGUAGGCCAGCAGGCCCGGGAUGCUCUGCUCUUCAUCAUGUCUCUCUCUGCCGAGAACAGCAUGGUGGCCCAACAUAUCGUGGAGAACACCUACUUCUGUCCAGUGCUGGCGACCGGGCUCAGUGGCCUCUACUCUUCCCUGCCGACGAAGCUGGAAGAGAAAGGCGAGGAGUGGCACUGCCUUCUCAAGGACGACUGGCUCCUGCUCCCGCCCCUGGUCCAGUUCAUGAACUCGCUGGAGUUCUGCAACGCCGUCAUCCAGGUGGCGCACCCCUUGAUUCGUAAUCAGCUUGUCAAUUAUAUUUACAAUGGAUUCUUGGUCCCAGUCUUGGCUCCUGCUCUCCAUAAGGUGACUGUGGAGGAGGUCAUGACCACAACUGCCUACCUGGACCUUUUUCUGCGUAGCAUCUCCGAGCCUGCGCUACUUGAGAUCUUCCUCCGUUUUAUCCUGUUGCACCAGCACGAGAAUGUCCACAUCCUAGAUACUCUCACGAGCCGAAUCAAUACUCCAUUUCGGCUUUGUGUGGUGUCCUUGGCGUUAUUUAGAACUCUCAUCGGUUUACAUUGUGAAGAUGUGAUGUUGCAGCUAGUUCUAAGGUAUCUCAUCCCCUGCAACCACAUGAUGCUGAGUCAGAGGUGGGCCGUGAAAGAGAGAGACUGUUACUCUGUUUCUGCGGCCAAGCUGCUCGCCUUGACCCCGGUCUGCUGCUCCAGCGGGAUCACCCUGACGCUCGGAAACCAAGAGAGGGAUUAUAUUCUCUGGUCCAAGUGCACGCAGGACAGUCCAGGGCCCAUGGAGCAGCGGCUCCCUGAAACGCUUUCGCCAUCCGCCUGCAUCGUGGAGGCCGGCAGAGCCCUGGACAUCAGCUACCUGCAGUACCUCUGGGAGGCCCACACCAACAUCCUGCGCUGCAUGAGGGACUGCCGCGUGUGGUCUGCCCGCUACGACGGAGACUCCCCAAAUCCCGAGGCGCUUGGCCCUGGACCGCCAGUUCCGCUGGAGGAGAGGGCGCCCCGCUCCACCUCUCCUGCGCUCAGCCAGCGGCCCGUCCCCAGGACGCCCGGGCCCCUCCUGGCUCCGGGCAAGGACAGGAGCCACGCGGAGCUGGAGUGGGACGAUAGCUAUGACACCGGCAUCUCCUCGGGGGCAGACGGGGGCUCCCCUGGGCCAUCCGAGGAUGCAGAGAACUCGGGCCCCCCGGCCCCAGUGGAGCCCCCCAAGCACAUCCAGGAGAUGAAGAAGAACGCCAUCCUGCUUUUCAAAGGGGCCUACAUCGAAGAGGCCGACUUCCAGGACGAUGUGAUGGUGUACAGGUUGUGCUCUGAGAAGGACGCAGAGGAGGCCAGGAGCUCCCAGGAGGGCGGCGCGAGGCCCCCAACCCAGGCCCAGACCGAGGUGCAGAGCCCCACCGCGCACAAUGGCCCCCUGCCCGGUGCUCAGCCGGAGACAGAUUCGGAGGAGGAACAUGGCAGGGAUGAAUCAGACGCGUUGCAGAGCGUAGCCAAGGAACCCGAGCGAGACCAAGCGCCUGAGGUCGUCCCAGGACCAGAUCCCGAGUUAGUGCCCCGCUCUCCCCAGGCAGAGCACGAUGCACACCUGGCGACCACCAACCCCGAGGGCGAAGAUUUCAUUGCCCAGUAUGACCAGAUCAUUAAAGAACUGGAUUCUGGCACGGAGGGCUCGAUGGAGCAGUGCUUCUCCUCUCCUGAUCCCCUGCUUCUCACAAAGGAGCCAGAGGGGGAGCAGGACCAGAGGAAAGGAGACGAGGAGGAGGGGCCAAGGGAACCCGAGGAGGAGGAGGAGGAGGACGACUUUGACUCUUUCAUAGCGGAGACUCCAGCUGCAGAGACCCAGCCGUUCCCAUUUGGGGUGAGAGAUGAGGCCACCGGUGGCAGUCACCGUCCAUUGAGGACUCAGAGCACCCCGUUCACAGGGCCGUUCAUCAGUGUGGUGCUGUCCAAGCUGGAGAACAUGCUGGAGAACUCGCUGCACGUGAACUUGCUGCUUAUCGGCAUCAUCACGCAGCUGGCCAGCUACCCGCAGCCCCUCCUGCGCUCGUUCCUGCUCAACACCAACAUGGUCUUCCAGCCCAGCGUGCGCUCCCUCUACCAGGUCCUCGCGUCUGUGAAAAACAAGAUUGAGCAGUUUGCCUCCAUGGAGAGAGACUUCGCGGGCCUCCUCAUCCAAGCGCAGCAGUACCUGCUCUUCCGCGUGGACCUGUCUGACCCAAGCCCCGAGGCACCCACCAAAGAUCCUGUUCAGGAUGCCUCCAGGACAGGAAGUGGCAAGAACUUUUUGGAUGGACCCCCAAGAGUGCUUCAGCCCUUCCUGACACACAGAGCCAAGCUGGCAGGGGCGCCCCCCAGCCUGCCUGGGCCAGUGAGGAACACCAUGCUGGCUGCUGCCCUCUUCCCCGAGUUCCUGAAGGAGCUCGCUGCCUUGGCCCAGGAACACUCCAUCCUGUGCUGCAAGGUCCUGGGCGACCUGGACGACUCCUGCUGUUAGUUUUGUUGUAGUUGUUGUUUUUAAUAGAGGUUUUUUUUUUUUUUUUUUAAGGUUUUAGUGUCCUGAGUGAAUGUUAAAGGCAAAGCUGCUUACAGAAAUCUCUACUUUGAGAUUUCCUGCCGAUACUUGAUUGGUGGGGAAGAGGGUUUUCUGGGCACCUCCCCUCUCUCCAGCUGGGUCUUUCCACCAUGUGUCCCUGAGAACUUAGGUCUCAGCAGCUGGUUGCUCCCCUGGCAGGCUUUCUUGGCUUCCUUUUUCCUCCUGAGUUUUUGGUCCUUAUUCUUCCAUCCCUUUGAGUCAUCCCUCGGCUGGUAGCUUGGAUCACAGCAAGCGAAUAUUGGGGGGGUCAACGAUUUCUGGAGGUGCCUGGGUCAGAAGGCGGGCCCUUCAGCACGUGGAGAUUGCACAUCUGCCCCUGCAACCUGCAUCUGGGAUUCUGUUUUAUAAAAGGGAAGAACAUGGGUGGUGCCCCUCUUGCCUUCACCACGUAAACGCAUAUCAUCCGUCCCUUUGCAUUUUACUUCCAAGAUGGCUAUUCUGCCAGACAUGUGUUGCCUUAUGGUGUGGGCAGAUCCACUGGUCUCAGUGCUCUGCCUGGCAAGUGGGAUGUCACUGGAGAGAAUUUGGAAUGCAGAGCUUUCUUUACUCAGUAUAUCGCUACCUAAACACUGAAAACAGCCUUAUUUUAGUAAGAUUUGCACAAGAUGAAACAUACCUAUGCAAACUGUUACUUUGGUUUUUAGGACUUUGAUCACCCUGAUGAAGAAAAGCAUGGUAUCAUAUAAGACGACAACCAUCGUUAUUUUUUUAAGUAUUUUAUGAAGAACAAAAUGAUUCAUUUGUGGAACUAUUUCAUGGUUUGGGGUGUGUGUGUGUGUGUGUGUGUGUGUGUGUGUGGAGGGGUGGGGAGGAUAAAGGUAAACUAAAUACAAUCUGUGCAAAGACUGGUAAUUA